AUUCUACUUCUUCUUCUGGCCGUGGAAUAACUGGGUACAAAAGGUUGCGGCAAGAAGUUGGAUGUCGCAGUAUUGAGCCGACAUUAAGCAGCGGCGAACGGUUCAUGUGGUUUUUUAUAUGGGAUUUUAGUACCGCUUUGAAAUCGUUACACAUCAUUUUAUGAUAGAAUAAACGGACGUGAUUUAUUUUAUUCAUAAGGAUGUUUAAGUUAAUAAUCUUGAUUUGCAUCAGCUGCUUAUGGCAGGGCCGAUACUCUAUAGCAGUUCCAACUCCAAGUGCAGAUCCAAUAGAAAAAAAUACUGAAUCAGAACUUCAAAUAGGAUGUGAAGAAGGUUACUCGAACGAAACUCCCGAAACGAACGUGGUAAAUCCAACGCAGGAAAAAGCGAGAAAGGCUCGCAGUUAUUAUUAUCGAAUAGAAACUCCAUCUUCUUUAAUUUCCGUUUGGAAGCCGGCGUAUUAUCGUAUUCAACGGCCUUAUUACAUCCCUGUUUAUGGCGGGGAAGGACAAAUACCAAUCUUUUUUCCACCACAACCGGUUUUUAUAAACGCAGGUUUUCCGGUGGAUAAUCCUCCUCCUCGCGGCGGGAAUUUAACGCCAAAUCAAGGUUAUUUACCUCCAAGAAUCGAUACGUCAACUGAGAAGGAUAUGUUCGAUAAUCGAUUUGGUGAAGAUUACCCCGUUUGGGAUACAUCUCCAAGUCGAACCACUCCAAGACCACCCGCAAUUAUUCCAACACGACGUCCAAAACCAGCAAGAAUCACAACAGUUCCUCCAUUAAUCCAUAAUGAACCUACAAUACCCCCACCUUCCAAUGGUGGUGAAUUAGGAAGUCGAACCGAUAUCGAAGGAUCUGGUAGUGGAAGUAGUCCAACGACUCCAAGACCUUCCCAAUGCGUUUGGGCAAUCAUCAACUGUUGCGCAGCGGGGUCGCAAUCUGUGAGCAACAGUUGCUUUGAAAGAUUCGCUUGUCCCGGUCCGUUUUGGGAUAAAAGUCCUUGUGAGAGCGAUUUUGCCAGACUUGCCAUUCAAUCAGCUUUAGAUUAUUACGCAAAUAAAUAAAGCGAAAUUAGUUUUAAAAUCGAUUCUUUCGAUCAAUAAUUAUUUGAAAUGCUGGUGUUGAUGACGCUUGCACAAUUUAAAUUAUAUUUUAUUGAUUGGAAGGAAAAUAUUUUCGAUCGAUGUUCGAUCGAAUU